CCAAGAGAGACAAGUGUACCAAUAGAAAAUGCAGAGAUAGGACCUAGUACAGAACAAAAUAAAAUUAUCUUGAUUUAUAAAAAUAUAUCAAAUGAUAUUGAGUUUUAUACAGAUAAUAGUAAAAUAAUUAUAGAAGCAUAUAAAAGAAUUAAUGAAGAAUCAGAAGCUAUAGCGGAAAAAACAAAUAGGCAGGUUGAUAUAAGUAAAAAAAUAGAUGAAAAAGAAAAUGCAUGGUUAAAUUUAGCAUCAACUGGUGCUUUGGUAUUUGCAGAAAAAUAUGAAGGAGAAGCUAAUCAAUAUGAUAAAUUCAAUGGGAUUUAUAAAGCAACAAUAGAAGGAAAUCCUCUAAAGAAAAGCCUUCAAUGCACGAGAUAUUUGCGAUAUAAUCCACAUGGAAUUUAUACGCAUUAUGAUUUAGAAUAUACUAAGAAGAAUGAUCUAAAAGUAUAUUUAAUGAAUGAAUCACCAAAUGCACUUAUAUAUGAAAAAAAAUUACUGGAAGUGAUAUGUUUGGAAAAUGGGGUAAUAUAUUAUACAACAUUAAGAAAGAAGGUGAAACCGCUGGAAAA